GAUUGCCCAGAGAAGACCGCUAAAGCCCACCCCCGCACGCAGUUUCAGUAUUACACACAAUCGUUUAAAAUAACAAUUUUAAUUAACAAAGUCUUUGUAAAUCUUUCAUAUUUCUAUAAUAGUGUUGGAUUGAAUUUGUCAACAACUUCAUAUUGGUUUACACUAAUUCAGUGAAGUCAGAUGUUUGCCAUCAGACCGCCCCUCCGUGAUAUUAUUUGAGUCUUCUGCAUCCUUCCAGAUCUUUCUCCUUUCAAAAAAAUAUUUUCAGCACCAGACCAUCGUUUCUUCUCACCACAAAGACCAGCAAACUAUGUCAUGUUGAAAGCUGUCAUCAAAACUAUAAUCACGAGUGCAACAUGGCAGCACAGCCUUUAUGCAGGUAUGGUGAAGACAGAAAGAAAUUGGCUUCUCUGUAAGUUUGACUGAAGAACCACUUCAGUGAAAAGGAUUCAAUGGAUUUCAGUAUGGCUGAACAAGUCGAAAUCAAGAAUGAAGAUGACAAACCAACUGACCUGCCAGAUGAGAUUAAGGAUUGGAAUAAACAUCACGUGAAACAAUGGGCUCUCAACAAGGCUUGUGUGGAUGGUGAAUCUGCAAAUAUCUUGCUUCAGCAGAACAUUAAUGGGCCCAGUCUUUUACUUUUAGAAAAAUCUGAUUUACAAGAGGUGGGUGUCACACUGGGGCCUGCAAAGUUGAUAAUUCACAAGAGGGAUGAACAUUUGAAAUUUAAGAAAGAGCAGUUGAGUAGCCCAACAACAAAUCAGUCUGGGAGACCGUGCAAGCCGUACCCUUUUCAUCGACACCAUGAUGCCUGCAGAUACAAGGCGAAUAGCGUUCUUGAUGUAACAGAAUCCGGUGCAUCAGACUAUAUCGAACCCUGUCAUGAAUAUAAAGGAUACAUCCAUAUGUCAGAGGCAGCUGUGGAGAGCAAAAUGGAAAAGUUCACUGAUGAGGUUAUUCGAUUUGCAGCAGCCUGCAUGAAUAGCCGCACUAAUGGCACCAUACAUUUUGGAGUUGGUGACAAGCCAGACUUUGUUCAUGGGCAAGUUUUGGGAGUUAGCGUCCCGGAUAAAGAGGCAUACGUCAAUGCUCUGCCACAAGCCAUUGAGGGUCAUUUUGAGUAUAGACAUAUCCAGACAGCCAAGAUGUGCAUCAAACCACCUCGAUUUGUUGAGGUUCUCAAUCCUGAUAUGACAUCCUCAGAGAAGUAUGUGAUAGAAGUGGACAUCGUGCCAGACUUUGUGAUCUGUCAAGAGAACUUCUAUCACGUUUUCCGCUUGGAUACAAGGAAAUCAAAGAGGAAGUCCAAAUGCAAAGAAACAGAGAAAGAGGAGAAAAAGCUCUUCUUCAUUCGUGAUCACAGCAGCAGCAGGGAUCUCCUUGCACUAACCACUUUUGCCAAGCCAAAGGAAGAAUACAAUAGGUUUCUCGACGAUGUGCCACAGCUGUCACUGCUAAGAAAACAAGCGGAGGAAAAUCGCCUUAGUGUGGUUAAAAGUAGUGUCCAGGGCUCCAGACUAAGUGAAAUGAUAACAGGUGGAUCCCAAUCCUUAGACAAAUCCCACUUCGAGCGGUAUUUGAUAGUGACAAACAAAUCACAUUUAGUUCAAUUGGAAUCCCUGGGAUUUAUUCCUGAACUAAACCCAACUGCUGUUUUGGACUUUGACCCUGAGUCGGCAAAACAUGGAUUGAUGAAGCACUUUGAAGAGCAGAGUACAAUAAAUAUCCACUUGCCAGUACAAUAUAAAAUCACAGAGGCUGUCGAGGACAUUGCUAGCAAGCUAAAACUGACUCGAAACACCAGCUGGAUCCUCUGCAAUGGGGGUAUCGAGAGAGAGAGACCCUCAGAUGCAGAUGACUGGUUAAUAGAGAAAGGAGCGUCUGUACGAAAUGUGAUUUCAUUUCUGUGUCGGAAAGAUGUGCUACCACACAAGAGAUUCCUGGUUAUUUUUAUAUUGCUGUCUACUGUGAGUGAGAAAAUGGACCCUCUGCUUGAGACCUUCAGCACAUUCUGGCAGGAGCUCAGAGGAACAGAACAAAUACUUUGCAUCUGUGAAAAUGAAGAAGCAUUCACCUGCUGGAGGGACCUGAUUGAAUCCCGCUAUGGAUUAGACAUUAAAGCAAGAUCAAUCUAUGAGCUCAGUUUUGCUGAAGUUAACGGCACCGUCCUCAGCCUGUGGUCAGACAACCGGAAAUCCAGCCGUUUCCUACCCUGUGGAGGAGGCAGCAAAGUGAUGUUAAAAAAGAAAGAAGAGGGCAGCCUAGACAUCCUGAAUGUUCUGUGUGUGAAUCAGUGUGAGGGAGGAAAUGAAGACAAGGCCAUCAUACAGGAGAAGUUCUACAAAGGAGGAAAGGUGUUAUGGUGGAACUUCUAUUUCUCUGAGCAGCCAGGAUCCAUGCCAUUCAUCAAACGGGACAAGUUUGACUUCAUCAUGAACACUGUCCUACCAGCUUUGAGCUCUUUGAGAAAAGCUUGUGUGUCCUUCAAACUUUUGCAUGUCCCAGGAUGUGGUGGAACUACACUAGCCAUGCAUAUAUUAUGGGCACUGAAAGACAAGUUCCGUUGUGCUGUUCUGAGGGACAGAACCGCGGAUCAUGUUGUUGUUGCCGAGCAGGUGGUCAAGCUACUGAUGUAUGAGACAACAAAGCAAUCUCCCCGGAUUCCUGUGUUGCUCAUGCUAGAUGACUUUGAGGAGAUGGAUGACGCAUAUGAUUUGCAGCAGCUUAUUGAGAAGGAAUGUGUCAAGAAGGACAUUGGAUCUAGGUCCCCGCAGGUCAUUCUACUCAAUUGCAUGAGGGCUGAGUCUUGGGAGAAGACUGAAUCAACUGAAGACACUGUGUUCAUUGGCAAUAACCUCUCUGAAAUGGAGCAGAGGCAGUUCGAGAAAAAACUGGAGGAGAUUGAGAAGACUUACAAGAAUGCAGACACAUUCUAUGCUUUCAUGAUCAUGAAGAAGAACUUUUCACCCGAGUAUAUACAGGGUGUGGCUCGAAACACCCUAAAGAGCUUCAACAUAAAUCACAAACAUGCACAACUCAUUGCUGUUCUGGUCUUGUUGAAUGUCUACUGCAAGGGUGCAACACUCUCAGUCUCUCUCUGUGAAGAGUUUCUUGGCCUCCAGACCAAGCCACAUAGUGGGUCCUCUGAUGUUAAGGCUGGAUUUGGGAAGUUUUCCACUCUAGUGACCUGCUGCACAGAGGAGGCUAAGGUUGUAUUUGAGGCAGUGAGAAUGAUCCACUCAAGCAUGGCCGUGCACUGUUUGAAGGAGCUUACAACCACAUACAGUGUAACCAAAGCUGAGAUCACUGAUCUACUGCUCACCACAGACAAGCUUUAUGAGUGCAUACAGGGCAAAGAUAAACUCAUGAAGGAUGUUCACACCAUGUUAGUGAAAAGACAUCACUCAGUCAAGGGUGAAGAUUCUCAAUUUUCACCUCUCAUCCAGGAUAUUGCAAAGGAGACACCAGGUGUUGAAGAAAAUGUUCUAUUCAAUGCAGCCAAGCGCUUUGAAAAAGAUGCUGUCAUCUCUCAGCUUCUUGCCAGAUACCAAUACCUGAAGAAAAGGGAUUUCAGGGAGGCAAAGGACUGGGCAAAGAAUGCGAAAGAUCUUUCCAGAGAUAACUCCUACAUUUCUGACACAUCUGCACAAGUGAUCAAGCAUGAGCUAAAGAGUGAAAUACAAAGUGACAAAGAAUAUCCCAUAAGACCUGAAAGGCUCAAAGGCUAUCUUAGAAUGGCCCAGUCAGCAACAGAGGCCUUCAGGGAUACACAGGAAAUUGCAAAGAAGGAGGCUACUCUGAGAGUACAAAACAAGAGAGACAACAGCCCUUUCAACACUGCAGGGUGCCUUGGAGAAAUUCAGGUUGCAGUCAUCAUCAUCGAAAUACUGGAAAAAUGUCCAGUGUUUUCUUCAGGCAAUUGCCAUCAUGAUAUUCUGAGUGAAGUUCUGUCUGGCAGAUUUACAAUCCAAGAUGUUGCGAGGAAUGAUUCCAAACAUCACAAACAUGCCUUGUAUUACUGCAUUCUCCGGGAAUUUGAAGAUCUUUUGUACAACCUCAGACAUAACAUGAAGAGGCAUUUUGAUUUUCUUGACAGCUUUCAUGUCAAUUUGGGUCCCAGGUUCACCCUGAAAGACAGUCGAGAGGAAAGAACUCGACAGGAGCUCUUCCGGUGCUUUUAUCAAUACAGUGACCUCUUUUGCAAGACAGAUUCCACAGAAUUAAUGAAAAACAAGAACCUGAGCAUCAUGCUCCAAAUUCACAAGGCAAGGCAAUUUUUGGAGAUGAGAAAAGCUGAUACUUACUCUGGGAUUCUAAAUUGUCUCUCUAAUGUUACCUCAACUGACAUGAUGGUAAAGAUAGUCCGGCAGUAUGACUUCAUUCUGAGUAAAACUCCUGAAAGGAGCGUGAGAGAAAUGGUCAAUUUCAUCUAUGCCAAUGUUGUGCUAAGCUGUGUCAAACCUGAAUCUCAACACCUUCGCCCGUAUAAGAUCCUCAUUGAUCUUCUUUGCCAAGUUCUUCGAGGUCAAAUCCCAUAUGGUGAGACCUUGGCAUUGCACUUCAUUGCUGUAGCUCUGCUGUGGCCACAACAGAUCUUUAUGUCACAAACUGUGGAGUCUCAGAAGUUGGGAAGCUAUGUGUCACAGAUGAGGACAUCAUUCUGGAAUGAGAUGAAAUCUGUGUUGAAUGGAAAGUCGCCUGUUGUCCAUUUCUUCUUGGGGAAGAAACAGGGCUAUGACCGUCUUAUCCACCUUGGAGAACUUGAGAGGUGUGUAAGCCCACAAGAAAACUUUGCUUCGCUCUGGGAAAAUGGCAAAAUAUGGAAGCAUGAGAGGGUCAAGGAGCUCCUUUGCAGGGUGACAGGAUGGGUUCAAAGAAAAUUAAUUUUGGCAGUUACCUGGAACACAGGCUCAAAGAUCGAAGUCAUUCCAAUGUUCAAAAGCCAGCUUUGUGGAAAAAUCGAGGGAGAAAAUGUGUCUUUUGUCAUUGGUUUCUCAAUGAAGGGCCCACUGGCUUUUGACAUAUAUUGAACAUCUAGAACAGCGUAACGGAUGCAAUCCCGGCCAGAGUGUUAAAAAUUGGUUCAACAUUGAAUCCUAUUAUAAACCUACUGUUAACAUUAACUAACACUCACACUUUAUCCCCCCCUUUUACCCUUUUAACUCUGACUUUGCUGAUAGUUAGCUACUUUGAGGAAAAAUGUACUAUGACUGAUAUGAGGCUGUUCCAUGUAGCUAUUUUAAGAUGAAUGCACUAACUGUGUCUGUUAAAUGACUAAAAUGUACACUACCGGUCAAAAGUUUUAGAACACCUACUCAUUCAAGGAUUU